UUUUAUUAAACGUCAAUCGGUGUAUUAGGAAGAAAGCUCAUAAACAGCACAUAAUUAAAUUUACUGAAAUUGAAAUAUAAAUCACUACCAAUUAUAACAAUUAACUUAAAAAUGGCAACGUUAGAGGAUAAAUUGAUGGGAGAAAAAUUAGAGUAUUAUUGUAGCAGUAGCGAAGGAGAAGACAAUGGUGACGGUGAUGAUGAGACCUGUGGAAGAGGUUCUAGCGGUAGUAAACAAGGAGCUGCUGGUUACACGGACCCGAAUGUUUGUCCCCCAACACCCGCUGAGGGGUAUCGUUCUCAAGUCUCUACGAACACUGGUCCUAAAGGUGUGGUGCAGGAUUGGCAACGUUUUAAACAACUUCAAGCAGAAAAACGCGAAGAGUCUGAACGUCAGCGUAUAGAACUGGCCAAAAAGCUUACAAUGGCCACAGCAACUGCCAAGGAAGAAGAAGAACGGAAGCGCCAAGAAGAAAUUGAUGCUGAAUUAGAUGAACUCAUGAGUGAAGACUUUUUACAACAAUAUCAAAAGCAACGAAUGGCUGAGAUGCUCCGGCAAUGCGGUCAUAUAAAGCAAUUUGGGAAAGUUAUCAACUUAACAACGCACGAAGAAUUUUUAGACUUCGUUGAAAAAGAAAACAAACACACCACCGUUAUUAUACAUAUUUACGAUAAGAAUGUGAGCGCUUGUUCUACUCUGAAUCGUUGUCUUGAUACGCUUGCAACUGAGUAUUCGUUCAUAAAGUUUGGUAAGAUAUGUAGUUCUGUUGCUGGAAUGAGUCGAGACUUCCGUUCCAAGGGGCUGCCAGCUUUACUAGUCUAUAAAGCGCAGGCAUUGAUCGGAAAUUUCGUGCGGGUCACAGAUGACUUAUCAGAUGAUUUCUUCCCAUCGGAUGUUGAAAGCUUUUUAAUCGAGAACGGCAUAGUGGUAGACAAAACGUUGUAUAAUUAAGAAAAAAUCUUAACUUGUACGAUAUGCCAGAUAUUUGCUAUUCGUAGUACAAUGUACGGUUGCCAGAAUGAUACAACUAUUUGUAUAUGACCCAUCAGACUACCCAACAAACAUUUAGGUUAGAGAGCGAUUAGAAUUCGAUUCGAAUUCGAAAGUGUUUUUCUAAAGUAGAAGGUUAGAUUACAGAAAUUGUUGAGAACUUUAGCAUUCUCUACAAAAAGGGGACUUAGUUCUCGAUAGGUUAGAUAUCGAAUCGUAUUCUAACGUUGAAUUCUAAUUGGUUUUCAAUGUCUAGUGCCUAGUGUUUUUCGUAUCAUUCUCUAACCUAGUUCUAAGAUAGUACUCUAACCUGGCAUGAAUCACGUAACUUUGCAACGAUAGUCGUUCAAACGAUGCUGACAAAACGAUUUCGUCAAAACACUGAUUCAUAUAUUUGUGUUGCAGUUACGUGUUACGUGAAGCAAAAUUAGAAUCGUGUUGAUAACGAACAAACGAUCAAAUAAGUUUUAGUUUUCAUGAAGCAAGACAAUCUCGACACGAUAUCGCACAGUGAGACAACGCCGGCAUUAAAUACAAGGAGUCAUUGUAGAGCUCUGAAAUUUUGCACAGGUUAUUUUUGAGACAAUUCCAGUUUAAAAAAAAAAAAUAAGAAAAUUCGCCCACUUUUACGCCCACCUGCCAUACAGUCGAAAUUUGUAAAAUGCCGUAUUGUCCGUAAUACUUUAGGUAUAACUUUCAAUUUUGGUAUACUUGAAUGUUAUAUAGUUACAAACAUUAUUUGAAAUAAAAAUUGAACUUUGGCCCACUUUUAACCCCAUCACCCAUACUACCUCAAAAUAAAAAGUGCCAUAUUUUCUAAAAUAUAUUAAAUACAACCUUCAAAUUCGAUAUUACUGUAAUUUAUAUCAUUUAAAAUGUUUUAUGCAAAAAUUACAAUAACACGCCCACUAAUACGCCCACCUCCCAUUGAAAUGCAAAAAAAAACAAUAUUUUUUUUUCAUUCAAUCAAUAAUUUUUUAACAUCAUCAUGGUAUUCUAAUUUUUUUAAUUUGUUUCUCAUUCUAAAUGAAUUAAUAUAAGGAUCUGAUGAUAUUUGCAAAUAGUGCAUUACAUCUUCAUUCGUAGAAAUACGUGAAUUUUUACGAGAAUGGAAUAGCCUACAGUUUCUAUACUCCUUAUUCAUUGCUUCUUGCGCUUCUUCGGAUAACAUUCCUGUAGCAAAAAAAAAAGUUAAUAUUAAAUAAAGUUUAAAAAAAUACUUUCAAAAAGAAGGUGCACCUUCUUCCUCUAAUUUAAUUAAAUUUUUUUUUUGUUCCUUUUUCUAAGCAAACAUUUUUUUUCUUAAGUUAAUAGUUGCAGUACAUUAUUACAUUUUUUUUUCCUUCUUUAUACUUAUGAAUUUAAAACCAAAGUUGCAAGUCCUAACACUUGAGCACGAAAUCAAAAAAAAAAUUAUUUUCUAUGGCGGCUGAGGGCCUCACUAAUGUUACUUUAUAGCUAAGUUGUUUUAAUUUAUGCACUUAUACAUUAUGCUGGUGGCGGCAAAAAAAAACACAAAAGGUGAGCGGUUAGCUAGUGGCGGCGAACUUUUUGCUGGGGAGGAUUGGCUCCAGGGGAUACAAGCAAACUUGCCCGAUAGAUGGCGGGAAAGAAACUACUUGUUUUUAGCAAAAAUAACAUUGCGUUGGUAUUUUCGAUUGAACCUUUUAAAAUACUCUAUUUUCCUGCCAGGCGACAAGCGGUACUACAAUAUAACAAUUAAACUAACAACAUUAGAAAGUGAUCAUAACACAACUUAGAUAAGAACAAUAUCUUGCACUAUCAAUUUAAAUUAAAAAUUAUGCAACUAUCUAACCCAAAGUCAAUGACCUUCAACAAAAUUAUCUAUCAAAUUAAUAACGUGAAUAAAAUUUAUGUAAACAAGAAUAUUUUUAUUAAAACAUAAAUGAUCUUUAAAGCAUAAUUCUGAAUAACUAACAAAAAACAAAUGUAAUUUAUUACUAUUCUCUUGCACAAUAAGUGAAUAGUAAACAAUUAAAAAAAAUAAAAGUAAAAAGUUGUAAACAUGCUAUUGCAUGCUAACAUACGUAUAGCGACAGAAUGUGCGCGUUACGUACUUUUUGUAGUUUUUUGUAUGUUUAAUGUGCUUUUGCAAACUUUUGCUAUAUGUCCUCUACUUUAAAUUAAAGCUGAGACUUCAAACUUUCAUUUGGUAUAAGUCUGCACCUAGGGCGAGGGGCUGCUCUAUUUUUCCUAGGCCAUUGAAAAUGCAAAAUGUUCAAUUUUUGCACCACAAUUCUGUUGUUAAGAAAAAAAAAAUUGUUUUUUUUUUAAAUUUAUUUUUUCA